AUGAUUCGUGCAUUUGAUAUCGACACGCGUUGCCCAGCAGCGGUGACGUGUCCUAAUCAGGUUUUCCUGGAAGCAUUGACGGAUCUUGAUUACGUUGAAAUCCUUGUUAAUUAUGGAGAUAUUCAGUUUCUUGGAGCUGGUAUUGGCGAAAACUAUGAAGAAGGAUUCGACUUCGGGACGAUGGGCGUUGGGGAGAAGCGUGACAUGCGUUUCGCGCUGCGGAAUGACAACCCGAUCGAAAUCAGGAUCCGUGGAUGGGGUUCGAAUAUGUCACGGUCGUAUGUGGAGUUGCUGGGUUCGCAACGCGUUUCCGCCUUGAAUCUCUUCCAGUUGCAAGACCUGCCUCUUCUACCGAAAACGUUGGUGAUUAAACCACAUCAUUUUAUUCUCUUCCGGGUCGGGAUUUUGUCGGCGCCCGAGCAAGAAGGGAUGUAUAACGCCCACGUGUUCAUCGUGACUAGUUAUCAAGACCUGUUCGUGCCUUUUCGUCUGCGCACAGCAAAGGGGACAAUGUCUGUCCCCGGGGGAGGGAAUCUGAUUCAGCUCGGGAAUUCAUUUCCUGGGAAAAUUACUGAGAAGACAGUGAGAAUUCAUUCGACGUUCCGACACGAUCUAGUUGUAGAUGACUUCACGUCGUUGCCUUCGGAUGCGAGAUUUACCUUCCAUCCCACGGACUCGGGGAGUGCCAAGUUGACACCGGUUUUGCAGGCAGGAGAGAUUUCGCUCAUUGGACGACUGACGUACGAUCCUGUGAUUGGAUGCAGUCCUUCGUGUUAUUCGUCGCUGCACUUGCAGUCGAAACUUGGCCAAGAUUGGUUGAGUUCUUUGGUGCAUCCGCCCUCGUUGACGGAUUUGGACGUUUUUCUGUUCUCAUCCAUGAGAGAACGGUUCGAAAGGGACACGAGCGUGUCUCGUCAGCUGAAUUUCACUUUCCAGUUGGACACAAACGAGGUGAAAGGAUUCCUUUUUCGGGCCCAAACUCGACUCGCCUGGCCCGAAGUAGUGGCAAAAAAGGAGCACACGUUCCCGAUGACGCAAAUUGGGAACUCGACUUUCACGGACGUGACCCUCACGAAUCCUUCUUCGUAUCCGCUCGUAGUACAGGCCUUUUUGCUGCCGACGAAAGAUUCUUCCUACACGAGUCUGAAGAAAAUGUUGCAUCAUCUUCGGAAUUGGUUUUCUGCCGUGGAUGAUUUUGGCACAUCAGCUGCCUCAGUUUUGAUGCACGACGAUCACGAUGAGGAAGGUGUGAGCAACAGCGAGGACUCAGACCCCACUUCGAGACACGCCGGAGAGUCCUUCUCGUUCAUUGAUCUCGAUUCGGACACCACGUUGCACGAUAGCGCCCACGGGCCGUCGGCGAGUCAACCCGUGCAGCGUAUCCACAACCUUCCGAAUCUCAACGGAACGCUGUCCGUUGUGCUUGCUCCGGGAGCCAACUUGAGUCUACGCAUCUCUUUCACGCCUGACUGCGAAAUGCGUCACGAAUCGUUGCUGGUUGUUCGGAACAACUUGACGGUGUUGGAUCUGAUGUUCCUGAAGGGCACCGGGGGACAGGGUCACUUGAGGUUUGGAAAUCGAAGAGCCGGCUCCCCGAUGCCCCUAUUGUUUGACAUUGCCGUGAAACAUCUGAAGGAUUGUGACAAGGACAAAGCGCACGCUUCUGGUCCACCGAAUUUGACUGUGAAACGAAGCUUCACGGCGAGAAACACUGGGUCGUUGCCGAUCCACGUGUACGGAUUCACAAUCGAUGGGUUCGAGUGUGAGGGCUACGGGUUCCGCGUGAUGAACUGCAGGCCAGGUUUUGUGUUGCCUCCGAAUGGAACCCACAAGGUUGACAUCGCUUUCACUCCCGAUUUCACUCUGACGCGAGUCCAGCGAAGUCUCUUCAUGAGCACCAGUUUGCCUGCCGGCGUGCUCAAUUUCUCUUUGGUGGCGACUCUGCCGCCGCAGUCAUUGGCACCGUGUUGGGCCGCCCUGCCGCGUCCAGCGUGGGAAGCCAUGUUGGGCUAUGUAGCGAUCGUGGCCAUGACGGUCGUGCUCCUCUGUGUUCUGCCUGCUGCCUUUUUCGAGGCGGAUCGGAUACUCGUGAUGGCGUUUGACUUCGGAGACGAUUUGGCGUUUUUGAUGCCGGUGGAUGCGGCGAAAGCUGGGAAGGCGUCGGCGCCGAGUGAAGACGCGCAGAAAAAGAUGGUGGCGAAGCCGUUGAACCUCAAGGAAGUUGGGCGUCAAGCAGUGGAAGAAUUGGCCGAAAAUUCCGUCCGGCGUCGGACCAAUGUUUUAAAUCGUCCAAGCACACAAAAGGUUAAAGAUGGUGAAAUGAUCGGCGAGAAAAGGGAGUCGCAGUCGUUGCUUCGCUUGGCAUUAAGAUUCGUUAUGUACUUCUGGAAUGAUUCGUCGCCCGCGUGGGAGUCGGUCAAGGAAGUGGACAAAACUCCCGAAACUCCCCCUGCAACCGCGUCACACCAGAAGGACGCUGCAGGUUCUCGAUCAAAUGGCAAUGUCCUGAAACAGCAGUCUCAGCCGUCGUCGAACAACAAACGCAAAACUGGGGAGAAAACUCCAGCGGUUGUACCUGUGUGCACAGAAGUCACGAGACAUUCGGUCGCGGUUGAAACGGACAGGACUUUGGAGAUACCGGUGAAGAGUCAAGGAAAGAAGUCAAAGCGCAAGGGUAGGAAUGGAGCUGAACAGAGGAAGAAAGAUUGUACGAAGCUGGAUGAAGAUUCCUCUUCGACUACAACUGACAAUAAUUCAUUACUUGACGAUGAUUGCGACAGGGAUCUUGGCUUGAAAAAUGACGCAAUGACGAAGGGCAAAAAAGACAAGCGAAUCCAUCAUGUGGCAAGUGAACCGGUGAUUUCAGCUGUGCCGGUAACCCGAUCAGAAGGAAAACCGAAACAAAAGGUGGAACCGUACAAAUUUGAAGUCCCGAGUAAUUACGAAGCAGAACCCGUCUUCCAGCCUGCGAAAAAGUCGGAUCCGAAAGCGAAAGAAAAUGAAGCUCCGUAUUUCAUGUUCAAUCAACAGGCAAACUCGAAGACGAAAAAGUCCAACCCCGUGAAAGCUGCGGUGGAGAAAUCUAAAUCAUUCAAUGGAACCACAAACAAGCCGUUGUCUAUGCAAAGCGAGGAAUCUCCGUCGCCGGUCAGCGCUUGGGUCCUUCCCAUGGAAUCAGAUGUGGGUGCGAUUAAAAAGUCGAAAAGUGGCUCGUCGUCUUCGACGUCGUCGGACGGAUUUGCUGAAAUGGCGCGUCAAACGGAGAAGUUCACGCAAGAGCACAUGCCUUACCGGCUCAAGGAGAAAAACACGAAUGUCUUCUCAUCUAACAGCAGGGGUCUUAGUCAAGGCUUUGGAAUGCCAGAUUCUGGCCUGAGGCAAAAAGCGAAGGUGAUCCCGUUUCAGAAGAAUAUGCAGACUCAGAAGCUGUGCGGCAAUCCCGUGGAACCCAUGCGUCAGUCGAACCCAUUUCAACAAUCCCGAGCGCGUCCGGACUUGGCAGCGUGUAGCCGACAGAGACAAGCCUUCGACCAGGAACUCGGGUCAUUCACGGUACUGACCCGACCGAGCGAAACGACACCGGAACAAUUACAAGCCUUGGACAUGCUUUUCGGGGCGCGGAGGUCGAAACUGCGCGCAGAUGCAAAUGACGACGAUGACGUAUUCCGGGGAUUUGGAACUGGACUGGUGGGAGACGACAAGACGAUCAAAACGAGCCAGCAGUACGCGGAUGCCAUGUUUGCCGCACCGCCGCCGCCACCGCCGCAGCCGCCAGCAGCGGCGGCGUCGUCAUCACGCAUGAUGGACAUUUUUCGAAUGGAAAGCAGUUGUCGCGACACACCAUGGCCCGUUUCCCGUGGAUUCUUCCCCAACGACAGCGCGACGACGUCUGCGUUCCCAUUUGGGCCCUCGCGGGUGUGGGACAACGCGGAUCCUCGCGGAGAAGUCCGAGACAGUCUAUGGGAUCCCCCGUAUUGCCGUGGAGGAUCAGUUUCGCCGUUUCAGAGUAGCUCCGUGUGGGGCAAUUCGGGUCUCGGGCUCGGCGGAUCCUCUUGUUGGUCACCGAAUGUUUUGAGUGGAUGCUCGAGCUCGUCUUUUGGGAAAUUGUCGGUGUUGAUCUCGUUGAUUGUGAUGCAUAUGUCCGUGUUCACCGUCUGGAAUGCUGCCUGUUUGUGGAUAAGAGCGACGUACAAAUGGUUCCUGCGGAAAUUCACGCGUCUUUGUGAGCUGCAAAGAAUCUGCUACGGCGUCCCUGCUGGCGCCCCUCGGAUCCUCGGCGUCGAGAACAGUUUGGCGAGAUCCAGAACGAGCAUUCUGCUGCAGUUAGUGUCAUUCUUGGACGGACUUGCAGCCGAGAAUAAAUUUGGUGGGGAACAGUUGCCUCAGGUAGUGGAGUCUACCUGUCUCGCUGUGGCUUCCGUGAAACGAAUCAACCUGCGGUCACACGUGAAGUUUCGUAAGACGUUUUCCCGGUGCGUCGAAUCAAUUUGGAGUUUUCGUCAACUGGCCCAUGAAGUGGAGUGGUUGCGGAAAACGCGGUUCGACUGUGACAACCCAGUGCACGAGCACAAACUGCGACUGCUCUGGAACGAGCUUGUUCCAGAAGAACCCCUGGAAUCACGAGUGACGAAGCAGUGGGGUUACAUUGGGUUUCAGGGUGACGAUCCGGCGACUGAUUUUCGCGGCAUGGGCAUGCUUGGUCUCGAGAAUCUCCUGUACUUCGCCAAGUUCAAAGACGGCACCGGUCGUCGGGUCUUGUGUCGGAGUCAGCACCCCAAAUACGGGUACUCUUUCGCAAUCGUGGGCAUCAACUUGACGGACAUGGCGUUGGGUUUCGUUCGAAGCGGAGACGCCCGCACACACUUCUACAACACCGUGAGGCACCACAACAGGCCCUUCUUCACGAUUCGUGAUUUCCACGUGUUUUACUCGAUCCUGUUCGAGUCGUUCGAUCGGCUGUGGCAUAUGGAAAACCCCAAAGAUAUAAUGGAAUUCGGGAGAAUAGCUGAAAAGUUUGCCAAGUUGGUUAAGCAGCAAUUGACUCUAACGGAUGCGUUAUUAACGCCAGAUUUUUUAUCUGUGAAGACAUGACGAAAGUAAAAAGGUCUGAACUUUUCUGUCGCUCAGCAGCUUUGAUAUUCAGCAUUCCCAUUCAGACACGCGGCUUGAAUUUUUUUUUUACUUGUUGCACGAUUUUGUGGCAUUGGAAAAAUCUCAGGUUUAUUUGGAUCAUUA